AUGCCGGCCGGAGAGCUGCGGCUGGUGUAUCUCGCCCCGCAUCAGGUAGACAAUGUCUUCAGAAGAGUUGGCCCUUCAGGCUGCCUCUGGUGGUGGGGUAGCCCUGCUUCGCAAUCGGUGUCUGCGAGCAGUGGAGAGGGUGAAGGGAAGAGGUCGAAAUGGAUCUAUACGAAGGACGGCCUGGUUUCUGCUAAGGAAGGCUCUUCCGGCAGCAGUUUGCUUGAGUGGUCUUCUGAUGGAGAUGAAGGUGAAGGUGAACAGAGCCAAGCCGCAAAAGGUAUAGCAGAGGCCGAAGUUCAUGCUGUAUCUUCGGACGAGGAGGAGGAGGAGGAGGGGGAAAAAGAGGUUGGUGAGGUUGAGGAGGAGGAGGAGGAGGAUGCCGAGGUUGGGACGAGGUCAGAGACGUCCGCUGGGGGUAAGGUUCAAUGUGUUCCUACUCUCUACUUCGAGCGCUCCAAGGUGACUUCGUGA